GAAAAAGAGAGAGCACAGGAAAGCAAGAAAAAGAAGCUAGAGCCGAGAGAAAGAGAGAGUCGCAGGCAGAAGAGGGAGAAUGCACGGUGUCUGGGUAACACUUCCACGCUUGUAUCCAGGGCCUUUGUGAAUACACCAUGGGAUGCAUCGGCUCCAGGACACUGACGGGAGAUGGCGUGCCAGUCCAGAAGGAUGGGGAGCAGCAUGGACGUUCAGAAUUUUCAUGGGAAGGAAUCAAUCUGUCUAUGGAAGACACCACGUCAAUUCUGCCAAAGCUCAAGAGGAACUCAAAUGCCUACGGCAUCGGGGCUCUGGCUAAUGCUUCUCUGUCAGGUGUGUCAGGUGUGAGCCGCACUAUGAAGGAGAGAGUGACCAAGCCCACAGCCAUGGCCCAGGGUCGUGUUGCUCACAUGAUUGAAUGGCAAAACUGGGGCAUGAGUACGGUGGGUCCAGGAGGCAUCCCUCUGCCCCGCAUCACUACCCAGGAGCGGGAAAAGGAGCGGCGGCUGGAGAGCGACGCCUACAGUGACCUUAGUGACGGAGAGAAGGAGGCUCGUUUCACUGCAGGUAUCCUGCAGCAGUUUGCGAUCUCAGAGGCUACACUCAUGGCCUGGGGAUCGAUGGAUGGAGAUAGCCGGUCGGGCUCAAACCAGGGCAGUGUGGCUCAUCUGAGCGAGAUCAACCAGGAGAGCAUCACCAGUCAAGAUCAGAUAUUGCACCACUCCUCAGCAGAGGUGUGGCCUCACACAUACGUCUCCCAGGGCCACUACUGCCUCUCCUCCUCUGAUGCCUGGGAGCCGAUCAGCAACGAUCCCUCCGGCGUGGCGUCUCCCCCUGCUGGCUCCUACGUUAUGGGGACUGAUGGGUAUGACGGGCAGGCAGCAGCUCACUUUCUGUCGCAGCAACAGCAGCAGCAGUACACUCUCCAGCAGCAGAAUCAACUACAACAGCUGCAGCAGAUCCAUCAGAUCCAGCAAUACCAGCAACAGCAGCUCCUGCAGUAUCAGCAACAACAGUCGCUGGAGCAAAGGCUGCACAGUGCCAACCACUCUUUGCAAGCGACGCCCAACAGCACCAUCCACAGCCUGGUCCAUCCCGUUCACCCACCAUUGGUCGAUCUGUGGAACACGGGGCAGAUGGAGGCCUAUCAGGCGGACGCUGGAGGCUACAUGGGUGUGGCGGCGAUGGUGGAGCCGAGCCUCUGUGUUCCUUCUGGAGAUGACAUGGGAACAGAACACUCCCCGCUACUGGAGCAGCAGGAGGAGGAGGAGGAGGAGGUCAAGGAGGAAGAGAUUACAAUGUGCAUGGAGCCAGAGUUGGCCUCGUUGACUCCGCCCACGCAACUAGGGGAUGCCUCUGGUGGCAGUAGUCCGGGGCAACCGCCGGCAGAGCCAAUCACAGAGCGGAAGUCCUCCGAUGUCACCUCCAGCCUCAUUCAGAGGCUAGAGAAGGAAGAGGAGGAGGGGCAGGGGCCAGCCGCUUCCAUGGCAACCAACUGAGUACCUGGCUUGUCAAGAGACUCCUAAUUACAAACUGACCUGGGAGUCAGCAAGGAAUGAGCGUAAUAAUACAAUAUAUAUAUAUUAAUCUGUUCCUUUUCAGGUAUCAAAAACACGACUUUUUGGUUGCGAGAUGAUUUCUUCAAAAUGGUGAGAAACAGAUUUAGAGGUGGACUCAAAAGAGACAAAAGCUGAUGCAACAAAGGACACCUAUUUCUUUGUAAGCCUUACAUCCCAAAGGUAAUUGAAGAGAGGAGGAUAGAGAAACUGAAGAGGAGGAGGAUAAAAAAGGAGGAAGAGCACUAACUGAACAAGAAAUUUUCAUCAGGAAACUGAAACCAUGUUGAGAUGAAGAAGAACGGAAAGAAAACAUGCAUGCUUUUUAUGAAAACAAACAAUUCGACCCUGUCAUCGUCUUAUAAUAAUAAUAAUGAAAAAUCCAUCAUAAUAACACAUUAUAAUAAGAAUAAUUUUGUAAUAAAGCAAAAAAAAGAACAAAUCUAUGUAUAAGUGUAUGAUAAGAUAUAAUAGUUUUCCUAUGGGAGAACUAAUCUGUUUACAGCUGUUACUCAACAUAUUAGUGUUUAAUCAAAUUCAUUUCCCUGUUGCAUCGAACACAUUGUACCUACGUGUAAUUAAAAUUAGGUUCAGAAAAUGUCAGCAUUUCAGUGAAAUGCAGAUUACCGGCUAAAAUAAAUACUUCUAUGAUGUUGUGGCACCAGGAUGCCCGAGGCACAACCCAGGGACAGGCCUGUCCUGCUGACUGCACUCAUUAAACUGC